GCUGGAGCCUCAUUGUCAUACCACACAUCUACUCCAGAAACUCAUAAUUCGCUGCUUCAAGUUAGUCCUAAAUACCUUCAAGUUAGGUUGUUAUACAUCAAUGACAUAUCCGCACCAAUAUCAGUUUGAAACACAUGCCAGGAUGGUCUCCUCAAGUCACUCCCCGACCUCCCAACUUUAGUCCAUCCAGAACAGGCCCUCGACGAAACAAACGCCUGAGGUCGAUGCGAGUUGCCAAGUGGUUACCCGCUCCGUUUUUGUCUGGUGGCGUUGUAUGAUAUAUGUAGUGUCCUUGCUCUGCGCAAUGACUGACCACACCGACCAUCACAAAUUUGUCAUCGUUCACGGACUCCAGUUAGAUGUCCUCUAUUCUGCAUCCAAUCGCAUUUUGUCAACACUGAUUAUUCUCUCUGAGCGUGUCGGUGGAGGCUACGAUAGAUCAAAUCGCACUAUGUAUAUGUCACUCGACACCAAAGUUUCUGCGGCAGCUGCUCCAAGGACAUAUCGUGCGUCUCUUCAAAUGCUGAGUUCGAACAUGGCAGAGUGGCGACCUGCCCGCGAGUGGGAUGUUUCAAGUUCUGCUCUAUCGAUCUGCGUAAUCGAUUUUGAUUCUCUAACCAGUUCCAAUUUACGCAAUCAUUGGGGUAGUAAGCUCUCAUCUUCUCAAGCGCGGGGAAUUUCUUCAUGGACUGUGUACCAUCUUCCGCUCGUCACAGAUGACGCACCUCGGGGAACUCAAGAAGACCGAGUCGAGCUCGAAGUCAUCUUGAACAUCCCCAACUCCUCUACACAUCGCAGAAUUCAGGAUUCCUCAGAACAGAUGCAAAGAACAAGCUCUCCAUUGAAGUUUGUAGUAAGUUCUCACUUUAAUCAAGAAUCAGAACCAUAGAAAGAACCUCCACGUUGACUCAAAAACCCUGGUCGUCGAAUAGUACACGCAAUUAACAACCUAAGCUGCCGUUGGAGUGUGCUCAGUGCCACGGCUCUCAGCCCAUGUAUCUGGUCCCUGUAACAUGUCGGCAUCAAUUUACAACUGAUGCACUACAGGAAUUCUCACCCUUCUAUUGUUAAUUCUCUGAUUCCUAACUCUUCUUGCGAGCCACUCGGCAGCAGUAGAACCACUCUCAAAGUUCCUGUCAGGUUGCUUCUUCACAGCCUCUGCGAUAAUAGGACUGGAUUCAACAAGGGCCCGAAGAACUUUCGAGCUGGUCGGACGGGUAAAGAAGACCAGGGACCAACGCCCAUGUUCUGCCUGUGCGCCGGGAGGUGGACUAUCCGUGAUGAUUCGAAUGAUUAGUAAGUUUAAGCGCGCAAGUCCUUAAUGACAUGU